UUCAUUUUGCGAAUUUGCCAAACCAUUUUUAAUCGCAGCGCAAAACCCACAGUAAUGUGCUCUGAUUAUGCAGUCGGAAACUCGUUUUUCCGUGUUUUGGUUAGUAGGGUGUGAAGGACUGAAACUUUCUCAUUCAUUUUCUGUAACUCUCCCUCCCUGCUCAGCUUUCCUCGGAGGAAAGGAAAAUUAAAAGAAAAGAUAAGGAGCCAAGAAAGACAUACCCAGCUGGCUUGGUUUCCUUGUCUUCCUCUUUCUAUCUCCAGGAAAAGAAGCUUAGAAUAAAGUGCUGAGAGAAAGAGAGAGAAAGAAUAACAACAUUGUUUUGUGAAGCCCAACAAAGAGGGGCUGCUUUUUCAUGGUCACCAUGGCCUUGAAGCAUGUAGUGUGGGAUGCGAUAACGGUGGUUUUGUUUGGUUUGUUGUGGUUUGGUUCUGCCAAAGCCUCUGUGUCCUAUGACUCUAAGGCUAUCACCAUCAAUGGGCAGAGAAGGAUUCUCAUUUCUGGAUCCAUUCACUAUCCAAGAAGCUCUCCCGAGAUGUGGCCGGAUCUUAUUCAGAAGGCAAAGGAAGGAGGUUUGGACGUGAUUCAAACUUAUGUCUUCUGGAAUGGGCAUGAGCCUUCACCUGGCCAGUAUUAUUUUGAGGGGAACUAUGAUCUGGUUAAAUUUAUCAAGUUGGUGAAGCAAGCUGGCCUUUAUGUUAAUCUCAGGGUUGGUCCUUACGUUUGUGCUGAGUGGAACUUUGGGGGAUUCCCUGUUUGGCUGAAGUACAUUCGAGGUAUCAAUUUCAGAACAGACAAUGGGCCUUUCAAGUUUCAAAUGCAAAAAUUCACAAAGAAGAUUGUCGAUAUGAUGAAAGCUGAAAGGUUGUUCGAGUCUCAAGGUGGUCCAAUUAUUCUAUCCCAGAUUGAAAAUGAAUAUGGACCCAUGGAGUAUGAAAUCGGCGCACCUGGUCAAGCUUACACCAAAUGGGCAGCCCAUAUGGCACUGGGGCUUGGCACCGGUGUUCCAUGGAUCAUGUGCAAGCAAGAUGAUGCCCCUGAUCCUAUUAUUAACACUUGCAAUGGUUUCUAUUGUGACUAUUUCUCUCCCAACAAGGCUUAUAAGCCCAAGAUGUGGACAGAAGCCUGGACUGGCUGGUAUACUGAGUUUGGAGGUCCAGUUCCUUAUCGACCAGCUGAAGACUUGGCAUUUUCAGUUGCAAGAUUUAUACAAAAGGGGGGAUCAUUCAUUAAUUAUUAUAUGUAUCAUGGGGGAACAAAUUUUGGCCGAACUGCUGGUGGUCCUUUCAUUGCUACCAGUUAUGAUUAUGAUGCUCCUCUGGACGAAUAUGGACUUUUGAGACAACCUAAAUGGGGUCAUUUGAAAGAUUUGCAUAGAGCAAUAAAGUUGUGUGAACCAGCUUUAGUAUCUGGAGAGCCCACUGUGACACCACUUGGAAAUUAUCAAGAGGCUCAUGUAUUCAAGUCAAAGUCUGGAGCUUGUGCUGCAUUCCUUGCAAAUUACAAUCCAAGAUCUUUUGCAAAAGUGGCAUUUGGGAAUUUGCAUUACAAUCUGCCUCCUUGGUCUAUCAGCAUUCUUCCAGACUGCAAGAACACUGUAUACAACACUGCCAGGGUUGGUGCACAAAGUGCACAGAUGAAGAUGACUCGUGUUCCUGUUCAUGGAGGAUUCUCUUGGCAGGCAUACGAUGAAGAGACAACCUCCUAUGAUGACAGUUCAUUCACGAUGGUUGGGUUGUUGGAGCAGAUAAAUAUAACAAAAGAUGCUUCUGACUACUUGUGGUACUCAACAGAUGUUAAGAUUGACUCCAAUGAAGGAUUUUUGAAGACCGGAAAAUAUCCUGUUCUUACAGUCUUAUCUGCUGGUGAUGCUCUGCAUGUUUUCAUCAACGGUCAACUCUCAGGAACCGCCUAUGGAAGUUUAGGAUUUCCUAAAGUAACAUAUAGUGAGGGUGUGAAGCUGAGAGCUGGAAUUAACAAAAUCUCACUUCUAAGUGUUGCCGUUGGUCUCCCGAAUGUUGGUCCACAUUUUGAGAGAUGGAAUACUGGUGUUCUUGGCCCAAUAACAUUGAAUGGCCUCAAUGACGGGAGAAGAGACUUGUCAUGGCAGAAAUGGUCUUACAAGAUUGGUCUUAAAGGAGAAUCCUUGAGUCUUCAUUCGCUUAGUGGGAGUUCCUCAGUCGAGUGGGUUGAGGGGUCUCUUGUUGCCCGAAGGCGGCCUAUGAUGUGGUACAAAACUAUGUUCAAUGCUCCUGCUGGAAAUUCUCCAUUAGCCUUGGAUAUGGGCAGCAUGGCUAAAGGUCAAGUGUGGAUAAAUGGACAAAGUCUUGGCCGCUACUGGCCUGCAUAUAAAUCAUCUGGUACUUGUGGUGAAUGCAAUUAUGCUGGAACAUAUAAUGAGAAGAAGUGCUUAAGCAAUUGUGGGGAGGCUUCCCAAAGAUGGUAUCACGUUCCUCGUUCAUGGCUAAAACCAACCGGGAAUCUGCUGGUUGUUUUUGAAGAAUGGGGUGGAGACCCAAAUGGGAUCUUUCUGGUUAGAAGAGAAAUGGAUAGUGUAUGUGCUAAUAUCUAUGAGUGGCAGCCGACCCUCAUGAAUUGGCAGAUGCAAGCGUCUGGCAAAGUCAAUAAACCUCUCAGACCUAAAGCUCAUUUAUGGUGUGGCCCUGGGCAGAAAAUUUCAUCGAUAAAGUUUGCUAGCUUUGGAACACCAGAAGGGGUCUGUGGAAGCUUCCAGGAGGGAAGCUGUCAUGCCCACAAAUCAUAUGACGCUUUUCAAAGGAAUUGUGUUGGGCAGAACUUCUGCUCGGUAACUGUGGCACCCGAAAUUUUCGGAGGAGAUCCAUGUCCAAAUGUCAUGAAGAAACUUUCUGUGGAGGCCAUUUGCAGUUGAAGUAAAUGAGAUAAAAGUCGUAGAUUGAUUUUCCUGGGACUCCAAUAGAUCGUCUUCAGUCCAUCUAUUUUCAGAUAAAUUAUCAACACAUCCAGAUCAGCGUGACCAUUCAUUUGGCGUUUCCAAGGUGAAGUUGUACAAAUAUACAACACACCAUCUGGUUGAAAGCCUAUACAGAUUGUUAAAAUGAUUGUGGAUUAGCUUUAUGCAAGCUAUAUGAAGGUAGAAGAGAAAGUGUUUAGUCAAAGCACAUUGAGAUGAUACAAAAAAUUGAGUCCAUGUGCAACCUCUUUGUUUUAGAAACUGGAAGCCUCUGGUUCCGGUAAUGCUAUAUUUGAAUUUCCUUGCAACUUUCUAGGAAGCAAUUGUUUCAUUGGUUUCUGUUCUAAGAAUGGCCUGGAAGCAAAUAAUGUUAUAAAGCUUAUAUCAACUUGUGUGUUGAGCAUCUUAUAAUGAUGUUGAAACUUUGUA